GCGCCCACGUGAACCCUGCUGUGACGGCCGCCAUGGCCGUGACGCGGAACAUCACUCCCCUAAGAGCGCUCAUGUUCGUGACAGCACAGUGUGGGGGCGGGAUUGCGGGGGCUGCUCUGCUUUACGGGGUGACAGUCCCAGGCUACAUGGGCAACCUUAGCGCCACGGCGUCCCAUCUGCCGGCACACCUCAACUCUUGGGAGAGGUUCGGCGUCGAGUUCAUCCUCACGUUCAUUGUGGUGUUCACAUACUUCGUCUCCAUGGACACGUACCGGAAGUGGCUGGGCAGUUCCGCUCUGACAGUCGGAUCGGCCUAUCUGGCCUGCACUCUGGUGUCGAUGCCUUCUAUGAACCCUGCCCGAACACUGGGCCCAGCAUUCGUGAUGAACCGAUGGGACAGCCAUUGGGUUUACUGGUUUGGUCCAGUGCUUGGAGGAGUGGUAUCCGGCCUCAUCUAUGAAUUCAUUUUCAAUCCACGUAGACAUGUUCGACAGCCCAAGGAAUCCAUUGAUGGAGAUUCUUCAAGUAUUCACUCUGAUGAAGACCCUUAUGAUGAGUUGGACAAGCCUGCAGUGCCCAAAUAUGAUGGAUCUGCCUACAACACUCUGCGUGGUGCAGACAUCUACAGGCCAAAUGUGAACCAUGCAGGACCACCAACACCCGCUUCACCCACAGGUGCUGGUAAUGCAUAUUGCCCAAGUCUAACUUCAGCAAGCCUGUACUCAGCACCGCCAUGUAAGCUUGAUCGGGUUGAGUCCUUGUAUGGUGGAACCAAGUCUCUGUAUGCAAAGUCUCCACCCCUGACUCGAGCCAACCUCAACCGAUCACAGUCAGUCUACAGCAAAGUUCCACCAGGGCCUGUGGGUGUGCGUGAUGGUCUGCCUCGACCAGGACCACUAGUUCCUGCACAGUCUCUCUACCCAAUUAGAUUUAGCCAGAGCCACAAUACAACCAAUCAGAAUGUUCAGAAUCAGCAAAACCAACUUCAGCAGCGGUCAGAGAGUAUAUAUGGUGUACGUGGCAUUGCAAAUGUGAACCGUGGGGAAACUGGUGGUGUUUAUGGUGUUAGCCAUGGGAAUGCCACUGCUGUAGCCAACUCAGCUGUGGCAAAAUUUGGUGGUGGCUCAAAUCGCCCUGAGUCCAUGUAUGGCAUGGUGGUGAAUCAUCGUCAGGAUUCUGCAGACUCAUCAUACAGCUCUUACCACAGUAGUGUGAAUAGUGGUGGUGUGCGGCCAGGAAAUGCAAACUUUGUGGCUGGAAACAAGUGUGGGGGGGGAGCACCACCACAGGGAUUCAGCUCAACUAGAAAUGACAUGCACCAGUCUGUGCAGGCACCCCAGCAUCAACUGCUCUCUCCUACUCCCACGUCUGUAAUCAAUACAGCUAAUUCUGUAGCAUCGUAUCACCACAAUCAGCGCCUUUCACCAAACCCACAAUAUUGAUUUUACUGGGCAGUGAAAAGUAAUGCAAAAUUGGACCAGUCUUGACUUAUAUUGUCGAUUAUAAUGUACAGAAUCGCAAUCAACCACCUUGUAAACAAGUGCCAACAUUUAUAUGUUAGCUAGAAUUCAGAUUUAAUAUUUGCCGGAUAUGCACUAUAUCUAAAUUCUGUAUUUCUUUAUUAGACUUUUAUGGGUACUAAAUACCUUUUGGCUUUUACCAGAAGUUGCUUCAUAGGAACAGUUUAUAUUUCAUUUGUGUCUUCUGAAAAUGGCUGUAAUCUCAGUGAUUGAUAUUCUCUGUUUUAUUAUUAGCUGAUGGCUGAAUUAAAGGAAUGAACUGGU